AUGGAUUUUUCAGAAUAUUUUCGGUUCAAUAAUAAUAAUAUUCCUCCAGAAGAAUCAGUUAUUAUUGUUAGUUUUACAGUUUUGGUUUCUCCUGCUUUUAUUAUUUAUCAUUUUAUAAAAACAUCAAUUGAAAAUAAUCAAAGAGUUAUUCUUGUAAGAUUUUUAGAUGAUUUUGAGGAUUUGUUAUUUGCUUCUAAGAAAUGGGGUUUCGAUUUAUUAUCAAAAGUAUUAUCAGGAAAUCUUAUUUAUAUUGAUGGAUUGACUAAGUUAUAUGGUCAUUGUUUGGAUAAAUGGUCUUCAAAGGAUAAGAAUAUUCCAAAGAAAUAUGUUACUUUGACGGGAGAAUCUAAUUUAAAUGGUAUUUUUUCUACAAUUAUGUCAAGUAUUGAGGAAGUUUCGUCUCCAAAUAUGAAGCCAUCUUUGAUUUUUUGGGGAGUGGACUUUUUGGUAGCAAGUGAGAUUCUUACACCAUCUGACCUUCUUUUACUUGUUUCUUCCUUACAAGAGAUGGUUCAUUAUUGCGUAAUUACGUUAAACUCAGAUUUUGCAUUUUUGUCACCUAAAAAAAGACCUUCUGAUCUUGAAAUCAAUUAUUCUACUUUUGCUUAUGCGAUUAUUCAUCGUGCACAUUCUAUUAUUAGUUUACGACAUUUUCCUAGUGGUAAAAUAAAGGAAGUAACAGGUGUGAUUAGGAUUUCCCGUGGUUCAGGCUAUUAUACUGCACAAAAAGAUAAUUUUUUAGAUAUAUCAGACCAUGAAGAAUCAACAAAUACACAACUUGAAAUGCUUUAUUCUGUUAAUGAUUCAGGUGUUCGAUUUUUUCACAAAGGUACAAUUUUUUAAUAUUAAUUCAAAAAAA